AUGGCAGAUGAGAUAAGUGAGCCGAAGAUUCAAGAAAUCACUGAUGAAAAUUCAGCCGGAGGUUCCAAAGCUUCGGAGAAAGAGGGAGUUGCAAAGAUUCAAGAAAUCAUUGAAGAAGCCUUGGAAGAUAAGGCCACUACCGUCGAAUCUGACGAAGAUUCGGAUGAAAUUCCGGGGCUAGAAGGAGAUAGAGACUUUCCGUCUGAUGUUGCUCCGGCAGAUCUUGCCAAACUUCAGAAUCAGAGCCGUGGGGAAAAAAAGGCCCGUAAAGCGAUGCAAAAAUUGGGAUUGAGACUUGUAACCGGUAUUAACCGUGUCACAAUUCGAAGGCCUAAAAAUAUCCUCUUUGUAGUCUCUAAUCCUGAUGUCUAUAAAUCGGCCAAUUCUGACUGCUAUAUUGUAUUUGGAGAAGCUAAAAUUGAGGACCUCAAUACUCAAGCCCAGGCCAACGCACAACAACAAUUCCAGGCCGAUGCUGCAGCCACACAGGAAGCAAUUAGUAAAGUAGAAGAUGAAGGCGCCGAGGAAGACGAAGAAGAUUUGAAUAUAGAUGAAUCUAAUGUUGAGCAGAAAGACAUUGAAUUGGUCAUGAUGCAAGCUAAUGUCUCUCGUGCCAAGGCCGUAAAAGCUCUCAAGAGUAACAACAACGAUAUCGUUAAUGCUAUUAUGGCUUUGACUUUGUGA